CCCAGUUUGUCCGCAACCGUCAUCAUCGUUUAUCUUGGAACGUCUUGCAUCCGCAGCUACCAUGCCUCGACGCGCCAUCCAUCACUGUGAAAACGAUGAUACCAUACCACCGCUUCGACGCUCUGUUCGCAUACUGCAGCAACAGCAGCAGCCUCACCUCACCACUGUACGACGCGAACGGACAAAGGGAACUACAUCGAGCCUGGAGAACACCACGAAGAAGAGAAAGAGGGAGACAAAGGAGGAGGAUUGCAAUGUCAAACCAGCGGUCCUGAAGCGCUCUUCACGGGCCAAAGUUCCCAUACAGCCAUCCACCGAGAGCAAUAAACCUGCGAAGCGUGGCGUGCGGUUUGGCGACAACGAACCUCUUGAGGCGCUUCCGGACGACUGCGUUGCCGAGGAGGACGCGGCGAGAGCCGCCGCCGCUGCUGUCACUCCGGAAUUCCUCGCUGGUCGUCCAGAGAACGCCCAAUAUGCGUCUUUGGGGAUCUGCACGAUGCCAUGUCCUCCUGAUGCCGUGGCGAAGAUCGCGCCCAGCCGUACGCGGGAUAGCAAGGGACGUGUACUCUUACAGUAUCCGAUCCGUUACAUCCUGGCGUACAGGAUCGAAAUUGGCGACCUCUACGACCACCUCAAAUCUGUCAAGCGCGACUUCUACGACUUCCAGGGCACCCUGCUUGCUUUGCAGAUCAAACUCGAUGAGUUGCUGAACAUGCGGCAUGGGGAAGGACUCUCCGAGAUGAUGUACAAUGGCAAACGGAUAUGGACGAUGAUUAUGUCGCAGUCGGAUCGCCCGGAGACACUGCCAUACCCGACGGCGCGCAUCCAGAAAUUUCAAGAGAUCGUGGGUUGCACGUCACCACCCCUCGUACAUGCCUACCGACCAACGGCGCAUCGCUUGAAGGCUGGGGCAAAGUGAAUGCGUACUGCUUUGUGUACUACUUGUAUCAAUAUUACCCCCACUGUUGUGGGCUGAAUAUCUCGCAUAUGUGCUUGAGUACGAUGCCUCGACCCGUAUUCAACCGUCUAUAUGCACCACCCGCCAGUCCC